AUGUCCUCACAAGAAGAAUUAGUAGAUUCUCUUUCCUUUGAUAAGAAAUCAUUACACGAUAUUUUCAAAACUGCUUGGAAGAACCCAAAGACAAAAAUAAGAAAAGAAGCAUUGGCACUUUCAGUUGAAUAUUUACGUAUAUUUACAGUCCAGGCUGUUAUCCGUGCAACCAAUGAAGCCCAGGAUGAAGUUGGAGGAUCUUUGAUAAGAUUAGAAGUUAACCAUUUAGAAAAGGUGAUUGUUUGA